AGUGCAAGCAAAGAUGUCGGCAUCUACAAAGAGCCGAUAUGAAUUUGACCCACCAAGUUCUGCAAGUUCAGACAGGUAAAAAAUACCGAUAGAAUAUGAGUUACAAUCGAAAAUAACGCAAACAGUGAAACACAUACGAAUUGAUUGUUUGCGUGUGAAUUAAAUCGCAUUUUCCAUACAAAAAACCAGUGAUAAAUUUUCAAAACCAAAAGUGACAAAACCAUGCCGUCGUCGGGCCGAAUACAAAAUCACAUUGAUGUAGCCGAAAGAUUAGAAGUGACUGAUGGGAUAUUUGUGGAAAAAUGUUCCGCAGACGACGGAUGUGUAAACUAUGGGGCAGAUGAUUUUUAUUGUCCCGCCUCUCCGACAACCGUACCGAUCAAAUCUAGGUCAAAUUCAUCAGGUUUACAAGUCCGAUCACGACCGAGGCGUCAACGCACUACAUCCAUCAACCAGACUACGACAAUAACAUCAUCGGAAUCAAUUAUCCGUGCUAACAAUCGCACCAUUUAUACAGCAGGACGUCCGCCAUGGUACAAUUGUGCCGGUCAACAAGUCGAACCAUUUGUUAUAGGUAUAUGCGGUGGAAGCGCCAGUGGCAAGACAACCGUGGCACAAAAGAUAAUCGAAAGUUUGGAUGUGCCGUGGGUGACUCUCUUGAGCAUGGACUGUUUUUACAAAAUCUUGAAUGAGAAACAACACGAUGCAGCUGAGAGGAACGAAUACAAUUUCGAUCAUCCAGAUGCAUUCGACAUUGAUCUGAUGGUGGAUGUGUUGCGUAAAUUGAAAGACGGCCGUAAAGUGGACGUGCCAAUUUACAAUUUCGUAACACAUGCCCGCGAAACAACAACCAAAACCAUGUAUGGCGCGAAUGUUAUUAUUUUUGAGGGAAUUUUAGUGUUUCACAGUCCGGAGAUAUUGGAUAUGUUGGACAUGAAAGUAUUUGUUGACACAGACGCAGAUAUUCGUUUAGCCAGGCGUCUACGAAGGGAUAUAACGCAGAGGGGCCGAGACAUUGAAGGUGUUCUCAAGCAAUAUUCAACAAUGGUAAAGCCGUCUUACAGUAACUAUAUAGCACCAACCAUGGCUCAUGCUGAUAUUAUAAUACCGAGGGGAGGUGAGAAUAAAGUGGCAAUCGAGUUAAUCGUACAACAUGUCCACACACAGCUACAGCUGCGUGGGUUUAAGCUACGUGAAACACUAGCCCAUUCAUACAUCGGACAACCGAUGCCCGACUCACUGUUCCUAUUGCCAUCGACACCGCAAAUCAAGGGCUUGCACACGUUCAUUCGAAACCAAGACACACCGCGCGACGAAUUCAUUUUCUAUUCGAAGCGUUUAAUCCGUCUGGUUAUCGAAUAUGCGCUGGGUUUGCUGCCAUUCAAAGAGGUCGAAGUAGAUACACCGCAAGGCGUUACGUAUAAAGGUUGCAAAAUGGCUUGCGACCGUAUAUGCGGUGUGUCUAUAUUGCGAGCGGGUGAGACAAUGGAACAGGCAGUUUGUGAUGUAUGCAAGGACAUUACAAUUGGAAAGAUUCUCAUUCAAACGAAUCAGAGUACUGGUGAGCCUGAACUGUACUACCUAAGACUACCUAAGAAUAUCAAAGACUGUCGAGUAAUAUUAAUGGAUGCAACAGUUGCAACAGGAGCUGCGGCAUUAAUGGCAAUUCGAGUACUUUUAGAUUACGAUGUUCCGGAGGAAAACAUUCAGUUGGUGUCGCUGUUAAUGGCGGAAAUUGGUGUGCACUCAAUCGCAUAUGCUUUCCCGAAGGUCAAAAUCGUCACAUCUGCACUGGAUCCGGAGAUCAAUGACAAAUUCUAUGUCAUACCUGGCAUUGGUAAUUUCGGUGACAGGUAUUUCGGUACAGAGCCUUCGUACGAGACAUAUGAAUGAAUUACAAUUGUAAAUAUAGAUAAUUUUUGGUCAUAGCGAAUAAAAGCAAUGCA